AUGCAAGACGAUGAUGGACAGUAUCAAGUACUAAAUAAAAUUAUUUUGUAUAUUGGUCGUACAGCUCGAAAUUUCCAAACAACAUUGAAUUUGAAUCAAAUUAAGUUAGACGAUAUGACACGUUUAGAAAAUAUAAUUAAUGAUCAUGCUCAACGUUUGGAAGAGUUAGAAACACGAAAUAUACCAACUGAUAAAGCACAAAAGUUAAAAAAUGCUCGUUUCCGAAUUAAUAAAGCUGGUCAUGGUUUUGUUCUAUCUAAUCAAGAUAAAACAUGUGCUGGUGACCAGUUUCUCCAAGUUACAGCAAUUUCUGGAAGGAACCAUAUAGUUAAAAAAUCAACACUUGUGCAGUUUCACAGACAGAGUCUUGCAGCUAUUUGUACAGUAACUCAGCCGUUUUCUGCAACUAGUAGUCAUUAUCAAAAAAUUACAUUUCGGUUGGAAUACUGUGAGGGUAUACAAGGAUCAUUUGCUCAUGUUGGUAUCAUUCAUGCAGUCAAUGACAAAGUUGUUUCAACAAAUCCCUUACAGUCAGAUGAAUGCUGGGUUCUAGAUUUAUGGUCAGGUAAUAUUGAAAAUAAACGGUUCGGUAUCAAACCGUAUACUUGGUCAGUACAAAAAAAAAUUGAAUACGAACAACGACUAAUGCAAAAUGCUAUGCAAGAAGACUUGUAUCUGCACAAUCAACGACAAUGUAGUGCAUGUGAAGUUACAAUGGUACUUGAUACUGUCCAUCAUCGUCUUGCAUUUUUGAUGGAUGAGCAAGGUGAUGAAUGGGCAUUUUAUUUACCAAAAACGGUUAAUAUCAAUUAA